UUGUUCACCUGGUUGUUUAUGACUUUUGUUAUUGUUUAUAGAUUUUCGAAUCUUAUAAACACAGAGGUUACAAAGUAUGUAUAUGUAUAUACAUAUAUAAUUAUAAGUGCCAAAAUAGUUUCAGUUAACAAAUUUUUCAAUUUAAUCGUAAGAAAAUGGUCGUUAGAAAGUAUGACGAGGAAUUGAAGUAUUUGGAAAAAAUGAAUGACUACUGUUGGAGAAUUAAAAUAGGUUUUCAGCCGAGUAUGAAGGUAGAAGGUGUGUUUUACGUGAAUAAUACUUUAGAAAAGUUAAUGCUCGAUGAAUUGCGUAACUCUUGUAGACCAGGAGCUAUUGGAGGAUUUUUACCUGGUGUCAAACAAAUUGCCAAUGUUGCCGCUUUACCUGGAAUCGUUGGAAAAUCCGUUGGAUUACCCGACGUUCAUUCAGGCUAUGGCUUUGCUAUUGGCAAUAUGGCAGCUUUUGAUAUGAAUGAUCCUCAAUCUGUAGUAUCACCAGGUGGUGUAGGAUUUGAUAUAAAUUGUGGCGUUCGUCUUCUGCGAACAAAUUUAUAUGAAAAAGAUGUUUUACCAGUAAAAGAACAGUUAGCUCAAAGUAUGUUCGAUCAUAUUCCAGUUGGCGUCGGAUCCAAAGGAAUUAUUCCUAUGAAUGCUCGCGAUUUAGAAGAAGCAUUAGAAAUGGGAAUGGAUUGGUCUUUACGAGAAGGAUAUAUUUGGGCUGAAGAUAAGGAACAUUGUGAAGAAUAUGGUAGAAUGUUAAAUGCAGAUCCAUCUAAAGUCUCCAUGAGAGCUAAAAAACGUGGACUUCCACAACUUGGAACGCUUGGAGCUGGAAAUCAUUAUGCGGAAAUUCAAGUUGUUGAUGAAAUCUACAAUAAAUGGGCUGCGAGUAAAAUGGGAAUAGAGGAGAAAGGGCAAAUUUGUGUAAUGAUUCAUUCAGGAAGUCGUGGUUUUGGUCAUCAAGUAGCAACAGAUGCUCUUGUCCAAAUGGAAAAAGCUAUGAAGCGAGAUAAUAUUGAAACAAAUGAUCGUCAACUUGCUUGUGCUCACAUUCAUUCUCAAGAAGGACAAGAUUAUUUAAAGUCAAUGGCUGCCGCUGCUAAUUUUGCUUGGGUCAAUCGUAGCUCAAUGACGUUCCUUAGCCGGCAGGCAUUCGCAAAACAAUUCAACAUGUCUCCAGAUGAUUUAGAUAUGCACGUUAUUUAUGAUGUUUCUCAUAAUAUUGCAAAAAUUGAAGAACAUAUAGUGAAUGGUAAACAGAAAACACUUCUAGUUCAUCGAAAGGGAUCAACAAGAGCCUUCCCUCCACAUCAUCCACUUAUCCCUGUGGAUUAUCAGUUAACAGGGCAACCAGUUUUAAUUGGUGGUACCAUGGGAACGUGUAGUUAUGUUUUGACUGGUACAGAACGAGGAAUGUUGGAGACAUUUGGUUCAACUUGUCAUGGAGCUGGAAGAGCACUUUCAAGGGCAAAAUCUCGUCGUAAUAUAGAUUACACAGACGUGUUACGACAAUUGGAAGCUAAAGGAAUCUCUAUAAGAGUAGCAUCUCCAAAAUUAGUAAUGGAAGAAGCUCCAGAAUCUUAUAAGAAUGUAACAGAUGUCGUGAAUACAUGUCAUGCUGCUGGUAUUUCUGAAAAAUGUAUCAAACUCAGACCAAUAGCCGUCAUUAAAGGUUAACAUUACAAAUGUCAAUGAUUUUUUAAAAUAAAUAUGAAAAACGCUUACAAAUUAAA